GAUGCUUGAGAGCAGUUGCUUUGUUCCAUUUUCCUUUUGCUUGGCAUGUCUCUGUCUGUAGUGCUGUGUGCAUUUGUGUCUCAGCAUCAGCCUGUCCCAGUGUAAACAGAUGCAGACUCAGCACAUGCCCCUCCUUCUCUUUUCUACUCCCUUGUCACCUUUGCUAUGUUUACCUGUCAGAAGCAGUUGUGUGUGCCUUCCCCAUCUGUAGCCCUGCAGGUGCUAUUUAGCUUAGCAAGAUGAAUCUUUGUCUUUUAUCCUUCUCUUGCAUCCUGUGCACCGAGAGCCAAAGAGGCGCCACUGACUGCCCUCGAUUACUCACAGCAGGAAGAAGUCUUGGAAAAUGGGCCAAAGAGGCAGGCUGGAUGGCAGGGGUGAGAGACUGGUAGGAAAGGAAGAAGAGAGAAGAGAGGAUAGGAAGAACAGGAGUGUCUCAGCAUGGACGAUGGGAAGCUGAUUUUCACAUUUGUGUGAAUGCUAUAUGUCACUGCUAGGUACAGAUUCAGAUUUGUCUUCUGGAUUACUGGCAUACAUCAUCUUGUUGCAUCUUUCUUUACAGGUCUAGUGAGUCCCCUGGAGGUUUUCAUGAAUUCUAGGAGUGUUGAAGUUGCUCGCGGGCAGACGGCAAUCCUGCCCUGUACCUUCACCACCAGUGCUGCUCUUACAAACCUUAAUGUCAUCUGGAUGGUCACACCACUCUCCAAUGCCAACCAACCUGAACAGGUUAUUAUUUACCAGGGGGGUCAAAUUUUUGAUGGUGCACCCCAGUUUUAUGGGCGAGUGGGGUUUGCAAUGACAAUGCCAACCACCAGUGCCUCCAUUUUCAUCAAUAAUACCCAGCUGUCGGACACUGGAACAUACCAGUGCUUGGUCAACAACCUACCAGACCGAGGGGGCCGGAAUAUUGGAGUCAUUGGACUCAACGUAUUGGUUCCUCCCUCUGCCCCGGUCUGCAGAAUUCAGGGCUCUUUAAACAUUGGCAGCGACAUCACAUUAACUUGCAAUUCAGAAGAGGGCAUUCCUCGGCCAACCUACUACUGGGAAAGAUUAGACAGUGCGCCCAAGCUGCCUCCAACAGCCACACAAGACCAAGUUCAGGGUACUGUUGUUCUGCGCAAUAUUAGCACUGUGUCUUCCGGACGUUACCAGUGUGUGGCCUCUAAUGUCAUUGGAAGCAGCACUUGCUCCCUUGAAGUUCAAGUAAUUGCACCUCACCCCCGGAGCAUUGGCCUAAUUGCUGGAGCUGCUGCUGCAGGGGCACUGGUGCUCAUUGUCUGCAUUGUCUUGGUGGCUGUGACACUCUUUUACUGGAAGAACAAACACAAGGAGGAAGAAGAGGAGGAGAUUCCCAAUGAGAUAAGGGAAGAUGAUCUUCCACCCAAAUGCUCUUCUUCUACAAAGGCUUUCCAUGGUGAUGCUUCCUCAUCAGAGAAUGACACUCUCACUUCAUCCAACACCUACAACAGCCGGUACUGGAAUGAUCCCAAAGCAAACCAUGCAACAGACUCCUUUACUCGUCUCAACAAUGAUGCACGCCAAUCCUUCUCUCGCUCUGGAAGCACCAACACCCGUCCUGUCUAUGCCAAUGGAGGCCACCCAGCUCCCCCUCCACCCAAGACAUUGGUGGUGACAACCAAUACAGCCCCUUCUCCUCAGGAGAUGGCCAGGAGCAAUGGCUCAGUGAGCCGGAAGCCAAGACCCCAGCACACACGCUCUUAUGCUGUAAGCCAGGCAACGCUAGAAAGAAUAGGUGCUGUGCCUGUUAUGGUUCCCGCGCAAAGCCGAGCUGGCUCUUUGGUGUAGGGAGUGACCAUGGUUCUAAGGCAAAUGAGAACCUGUUACACUGAGUGGGGGUGAAGACCUGGACAAAACAAGAGACCCUGCUCUUCUUCCCUACAGUGUUGAGUUGAAGGGGAAGAACAAGCCUCUCCUCUGUGCUCUCCCCCAUCCCACUCAACUAAAUCUCAAUGGUGUGACAGUCCCUCCCUUGCUUCCCCACCCUCAUGAUCUCAGGGGGCUCCUCAGCUGUGGCUGAAUGUGCCAAGGCCAACAGAGGGCCACACAAGGUGUCACAGGGGAUGAUGCCAUACUUGGUUUCUAAGCUCUACUGACCAUGGAAUUGGUGGUGGUGGUGGUGUGUCCAUGAAGACAGCCAGUGAGGUGGUAGUUUGAAGAGCCCAACGGUUGAUGGAUGGGCUGUGAGAAAGAAGAACGCAACAACCUUGAGACUGACAAAGGGAUGGCUUGGCUCAGAAGGAAUAGUGAAACUGGGCAAGACGUUGACUCAAAGCAGGCAGGGAAAGAAUCAUGAGCCAGGCUAAGGCUAGACGGGUGGGGUUGGGUUAAGAAUUGACUUGAGGGUUAUACUUUCUUAUGUAAUUCUUUUUCCCCAUCCCUCUUUCCUCUCUUCCUGCUUCACACCUGUUCCCACACUGAUUGUUCUCCCCCUACACUGGCUUUUUCAGAUUCUCCCAACAUCCCGUCACCUCCAUGGAAACUGUUGCCCUCCCUUGCCCCCAGCAUUGCUCUCCAACAAGCUGCUUGGUGCCAGAAUGUGCUUCUGCUGUUUGCUGUUGUUGGGAGAAGGAGGAGUUUGGGGAGGGAAUGGUGCUGGGAAUGGGGUGGUGGGGUUGGAAAGCUGAAGCCUCCAUUUGCUUCCAAGAGCUGCUGUGUGUUUUCUGGGCGUGUGGCUUAACAUUUGUCAAAAAGCUUGGCUUCCAAGCUUUGGCGAUUGCAUGGCAGAGUCCCCCUAUAAGGCUGUUUGGGGCUGGCCAGCAUGGUCAGGCUGAUGGUUGAACAUUCAUGCAUUUGAGGCAUCAAAUUUAACCUUCCCUUCUUUGGAUAUUUUGAAGCUUGUUAUAGUACUGGGGGAGGGAACAGGAGAGAGCAAGAGAACAAGGAGAAGCAAAAGUAUGGCUCAGGGCUAUGCUGGCAAACUUUCCCUCCUUGCCAUGUGGCUAGUGCUGAGGGACACCCUACUGGGGCAGGUUAGCAAGAGGCCCCAGUGCUUCCCUCCCCAUCUCACUUGCCUACAUGGCUUCACAGGUUUUGCUCUUGCAAUUUCAAUAGCCUUAACUCAAAUCUGAGCAUUGGGGGGGGGGGGGGGACUGAACAAAAAAACCCACCACCACCAAGGGUCUUUCAUGUCCAAGAGGGAACUUGGAGCAAUUGGGGGGGGGGGGUGUCAUUUCCUAAUACCUCGAGGAGGCAGAGCCAAGGGACACCUCACUGAGUCCCACUCUCUACACCUGCCUCAUUUGUAAUGCUGACACACUGAUCUCCUUAAAGGGAAACACUCCCCUUGGAAGCUCCUAACAGGAUUUUCUUCUCUGCACUGACAAAACACAUCCUCCGAUCUAACCCCAGCACUACGAAAGGGGGCGACUUGUUUCACAGCCAUGCCCUCUACCUUUAGACAUGCACUGGAAAUGGGGUUCCUAUAAAUCAACCUGUACUGCUCUUCCGCUUCCACUCUGCCUUGCCCUGACUUUCUCCCCCCAUCCCAUACAUGCACAUGGGCACAGAGAGGUCAUUAAAGAAUGCUCUCUGCCCUGGGCUGUGCACUUUCUAUGCCCCCCCCCCAUGCCACCACUGCAGAGAGAUACAUUCAGGUUGCACUGGGGUUGAAGCUUAGCUGAAAUUCUGUGCCUUCUUUGCUUUAAAACAAAUAAGCAGUGCUCUCUUUCCUGACCCUCCCCCUCUGAGACCCUCCCCACACACAGACACACACCACAAACACAACUUGGUUCAUUGACUUUUGAGCACACCAGGCAGACAGAUGGCUGCCAUAUUUAUAUACCUUUCCCAGGGAGCAGUCUCUCUCUCUCCUCAUGUGCUCACUGCCGUUUAUUCUUUUUUUGUUUUUUCCUUUUCAGUACCUGGAGGUUGGGGAUAGGAAGAGUGGCUUUUAAAAAACAACAUGCAAAAAUAGAGAGAGAGAAAAUUACACACACACACACACACACACACACACAAACACACACACAUCUCUCUCUGCUUUUAUAACAAUGAGAGAUGUAAGGGACAUUUCCAAGGCAUGCUGCCUGCAGCAGCCUGCACUCCAGUGCUCAGAAAGCUCUUUCUGGUUCUACUGUUCAUGAGACUGUUUGCUCUCCUCUUUGUUCUUUCUAAUUGUCUAAAAAAAAUUCAAUAAAACUUUUAUUCAUAUAA